CGCACAGGGCUCAGAAAGUUACUCGCAGACUCGUGAAGUUCUGGGAGUAGGAAGGGGGGGGAAGAAAACUUUACAAAAAAGCCCAAAACUGGAACUUUAGAAAUGGCCUUUCGGAGAAGAAAUAAGAGUUAUCCGUUUUUUAGUCAGGAGUUUCUCAUUCAGAACCACGCCGACAUCGUCUUUAGUCUGGUGAUUUUCAUUUUGGUUGGGCUGAUGUUUGAGGCCACUGCGAAAACGGCCAUUCUGUUCAUUCAACCACAGUACAACACCAGCAUCGUGACCCCAGAUGGAGAGGUGUCUCUGUACCAUUAUGGGUGGAAGGACUGUGUCACCCUCCUCUUCUAUCUGUUCAUCACCAUCAUCCUGCACGCUGUAGUUCAAGAGUACAUACUGGAUAAAGUAAACCGGCGUCUCCACCUCUCGAAGAGUAAAAACACCAAGUUUAACGAGUCUGGCCAGCUGUGUGUGUUCUACCUGCUCUCCAGUCUGUGGAGCUUCUACAUCCUCGCCACCGAAGGCUACAUUCUUCAUCCCAGCAGCUUAUGGGAAAAUUAUCCACAUGUGCAACUGAGGUUCCAGGUGAAGUUUUUCUACCUCACCCAGUUGGCCUACUGGUUCCAUGCUCUGCCUGAGCUCUACUUCCAGAAAGUGCGCAGGGAGGAAAUCCCUCAUCAGUUGCAGUACAUUUGUUUAUACCUGUCUCACAUCCUUGCGGCAUACCUGUUAAAUCUGACGCGGGUGGGCUUGGUCCUGUUGUGUCUGCAGUACCUCUCUGAGAUGGUCUUCCAUCUGUCUCGACUCAUCUACUUCGUUGACGAGACUCAUCGUAGAACGUUCGAGCUGUGGUCGGUGGGGUUCGUGCUGACUCGCAUGAUGACCCUCACUCUGAUGUUCUUGGCUGUGGGCUUCGGUCUGGCGCGGUCGGAAAACCAGGUGCUGGAUUGGGAAGCAGGCAACUUUAACAGCCUGCCAGUCAGGUUGCUGGUGUUGUUCCUAGCAUGCUCCACUCAGUCAUGGCUGCUGUGGAAGUUUUUCCGAUUUCAGCUGAGACGUACGCGCGACUUCCGACUGGAACAAGCCAAGAAAAGAGCGGCAGCUAAACAGCAGACACCCCGCGCGCUGAAACGUGACUCAGUCGGCCAUCACGAGAACGGCGCGCUCAGGGCAGAGAACGGCACCUCGCCUCGGCCAAAGAAGCUCAAAUCCCCCUAACUCCGCGCCUGACCCCCGGGGGGCCGGGCGCAGGAACGGGAAACGGCCCCGUCCGCUUCCUGCUCCGUGCUCUGCUGCGUGGACCCGAGGGGAUCAACUUUCCACAGAGGAUGUGACAUCAAUACCCCUGCCCCCUCGCCAGGCCGUUCGCCUUCCAGCUUGACGCGUCUUUUCUACUUCGGUAUCAGUAUUUGUUGCGUUUUUUUUCCCCCAGUUGACAGCUUCACGAUCAAAAAAGCCAUUUUUUUACCUGUAAUGUUUUCCAAAUCAGUACUGUACUGGCCGGCCCUGGGGCGGUGCUACAGGGCGCUCUAUGGUAGCCCGGGAAGGACACCCAGAGCUCAGGUCACCCACAAAGUGUGAAUUUAAUAAAGGUGUGUGUGUGUGUGUGUGUGUGUGUGUGUGUGUGUGUGUGUGUGUGUGUGUGUGUGUGUGUGUGUGUGUGUGUGUGUGUGUGUGUGUGUGUGUGUGUGUGUGUGUGUGUGUGUGUGUGUACUGUGGGGUCUGUUCCAGCCAUGCUUCCUAGUCUUGCCUGUUACUAAGCAACGGGAAUCAAAACUAGGGGGUGAUCUUCAAAUGACCCGCAUGUCUGACCAUCUGUACGAACUUUAGUCUACCCAAGACAAUACGAAUGAGUGAAAUUACCUGGAAUUUGUGUGUGUUUCCUGCUGAUCUUUGUGCUCUGGUGCUUAAUGGUAAAAAUAUUGUUCGCAUGCACAGGAGGGCUCUGGACUUUGAGCCUUUUGCUGUUUGUGAUUGGGGUCACUGAUCGGAUCACACACACACACACACACACACACACACACGCACAAUGUGGCUUUAUGUAAUACCUGUUUUUUCUCUGUGUUGUGGUUAAUGGAGUUUCUACAGCACUGCAUUCAGAUUAAUGAGGUUUCACCUACAGUGCUUUGUUUGUAACUGACGUGAAUGUACGUGAUCAUGCCUUGUACAUGUUUGAUUCUCUUGAUGAGUAAAAGUUUUUUUUUUCCUGUA